AUGUCUCUAAACGCAGCCGACGUCAAUGACGACGGCAAACUCGACAUUAUUGUCGCAAACACCCUUUCGAACAAUGUCGGCGUUCUCCUCAACAUAGGCAACGGCACGUUUACUGCUCAAGCGACCUAUUCAACUGGCUCUGGUUCUAGCCCUAACUUUGUGGUAGCAGCCGAUGUCAAUGGCGACGGCGAACCCGACAUUAUUGUCGCAAACACCGGUUCGAACAAUGUCGGUGUUCUCCUCAACAUAGGCAACGGCACGUUUGCUGCUCAAGCGACCUAUUCAACUGGCUCUGGUUCUAGCCCUUACUUUAUAGUAGUAGCCGAUGUCAGUGGCAACGGGAAACCCGACAUUAUUGUCGCAAACAUCGAUUCGAACAAUGUCGGUGUUCUUUUGAAUUCUUGCUGA